AUGGAUUUUAUUGAGGAUCGUGCAAGUAGUCCUCAGAUGGCGAAACUCAACCGGGCCGAUAUCGAGUCGCUGAAGAAGAAGCGGGAGGACAAGAUGUCCUUUAGCACAUUCAUGACGAUGCUGAAGCUUCUCGAGGAGGAUGUAGCGGCACACGCGAUCCUUGAAUGCCAGGAAUUCUGGGACUCCCGUGACAGCAUAUGCCCACCUGUCCCUCAGCCAUUCGAUUUCAUCAGCCUCAUUUAUGCACUGGCCCACGAAUCAGUCGUACGGCAGGCACCUGACGGACGGCUGAGCGUCCUCCUGAACGGAGACGGCUCGACUGAUCCAGGUGCUGCUGAUCCUGCCAGCAUGGGUAACGUGAUCUGCUGGCUACUCGCAGGAGGAGGAGGAACGCAGGCGACACGAUCGACCGGAGUGAACGCGGCGAGCUCUACGCUGCGCGACGCAGUGGAGAAGCAGUAUCGCUACAUCAUAAUGAGUUGUCCCCGUGCUUCGGGAACGUUCUCACACCGCAUCGACUGCAAGCAGAUAUGGUCCGAAACGGUGUACAUGCUCCCGCCCUUUCUUGUCGCUACGGCGCUGUCACAGAUCCGAUACAACAACGGCGUCAAUGACUCCAUGACUCCCGCCUUCCUCAUCGAAUAUGGCCUACAGCAGAUCGUCCACGCAGCAAAGGUGCUGCAAGCUCCGAGUGGGGAGUGGUCACACAUCUAUGACUUCGAUGCGCAAGACUUCAAGCGAAAGGCGUGGUGGGGCGUCGGGAACGGCUGGGCGUGCUGCGGCAUUGUCAGAGUGCUCGGCAUGCUCGUCCGCCCUCAGGCUGCGGAGACGAGCCGAAACAACGUCGACCGGCGGUUUGAGCUCUCUAGGACGAUCGCGGGCAACGCAGCGAAUAUGCCGCUCAUCCGACAGUGCGGCUCGAUACUCCUGUUGACUCUCCGCGCGUGCUUAAAACACAUGCGGCCUGAUGGGCUCUUUCACGACAUCCUGGAUGACCGCUCAACGUUUGUCGAGACGAACCUGCCCCAGAUGCUCGCCUACACUAUCUUCUGCCGCGCCCUCCUCCGCAGACACGCUUCGGGGUUCCAGUUGUCGGGCCCGUGCUACCUACCGGAGCUCGGCGACGAUGAGAUGAACGGGUGGCUGCAUACGGUGGAGCAGAUGCGCAAGGCAGCAGUGGGUAAGACGGAUGGGUGGGGCUUCGUGCGAGACGUUUGUGGGAGCCCCCGUUUCGACAAGGCAGGUACUGCGGAGGAAGGCCAGGCAUGGGCGAUAAUGAUGGAGGUUGCACGAACAUCGGAGUUGUGGCCGCAUGUGCACUUCCCAGCCUAUGAGAUGCCGUUGAAUAUGGCAUACUGA